AUUUAUUUUCUGGUAGUGAGUCUCGGGCUGUGUAGCCUACAAGAUAAUGAACCUCCCGCUUUUUCCGGUCGGAGCCGAAAGCUGUCUUCCGUUGUUUACAUUCUUACAGCAGUCCGUUAGCUAGGUUAGCUAACUAACUGGUGAAAAAAAAUGCUAAGAUCUUUUCUAAAAUGACGGCUUACAGUUGAUUAGGUUUAGCUAUGCACUUAUAACCUUUUGCAUCAGCAUUUCUCUCUGUUGUUGUUGUCGGGCCAUGGCUUCAGAUCGCUGCUGGUGCUGUCUCUGGGUAACGUUACCGCUCGUCCUGCUGCGGGGGCCGGGGCUGCUGGUCGCCGCAGACCAGGUCGCCCUGGUGGAGGUUUUCCUGGAGCAGCGGCCCGGCGUCAGCGCUCUGCUCCAGGGGGACGUGGUGGAGUCCGGCGGGGGCGGCAGGAGCUCCGAGGACCGGGACGAAGAGCUGGAGGGAGAGCUGGUCCUGGUCCAGAGUGAGGAGACACAGGUGAGCGCAGGAAAAGGUGAGGACGACACCAAAGAGCAGGAGCCGUGGAUAGGAGUGGUGCCUGUGGAGAUGGAUGACAGCAAAGCCUCCACGGGAAACCAGGAGUCCUUUACUGAUGCUAUGGUCAAUAAGAUGAAGCGAGCAUUGGUCCUUGGAGCAUCUGCACUGAUCAUUCUGGCUCUCAACCAAAACACUGUCAGUGAGAUGGAUCUGUCUCAGGCGCUGUCCAAGCCCAUUAUUGUGAUCCAGACGUCUGAAAAUGUCACCAAGCUGAUCGGAGCUCUGCUCAGGGGUCUCCAAGCGACAGCAAAAAUCACAUACAAGACGAUCCUGCAGGACGACCUGGGAGCCACGCUCACGCUAUGGUCCAGCUGUGGUCGAUCGAGAGGAGGUCGCUACGGAGAGUGGCAGGGGGUCAUCUGCACGGGAGAGACCAACUCUCAGGUCCAGAAGUACCUGCAGCAGCUGUGGGACACUGUGCUCCUGGUGGCUCUGAUCCUCAGCACCGGAGUCAUCGUUCAGGCCCGCUGGCAGUACCAGGACCACCAGCUGAACGAUGACUUGGAGCUCUUUCCAAAACAGGAUGUCCUGAAGAGAAUGUCCUCACUGAAGACCAAAACGUAUCGUCAGCCCAAACUGUGGUGUGACCCGUCCCAGCCGACGGAGACAGACAACUGUGCGGUUUGUCUGGAGCCAUUCAACAACAACCAGUGUCUACGUGUGCUGCCGUGUCUUCAUGAGUACCACAGAGAUUGCGUCGAUCCCUGGCUGCUGCUGCAUCACACCUGUCCUCUGUGCAAACGCAGCAUCCUCGGCAGCGUCUGCAGAGACAGUUAACGGCUGCCUCGGCUCCCCAGCCGCAGCUCUGGGAAUCAAGUCUCGUCUCUUCCUCAGUGACACUUUUUUUAAUUCUGACCUCGCCCCUUCUGUCUUCCAGCAAUGAAUUGUGGGAGCAAAUAUAAACUCGUCACAGCAGCUGGCCGGCCGUCUGGACUGUGGAGUGGUCAGAUUUUGACAUCUGACCUUUGGGUCUCACAGACACACAGUGGCAGUGUAAAAACAAUACUAUGAAGUACUGUAAAGGUACUGUUGUGUGUAAACAGUACUUCUUCCUGGGAUCAUGUUACCAAUUGUGGAAAUAUUUGUGUGUGAUUGAUAGCAGUGAAGAUGUGACUCAUAAGGGUGUUUGUGUUCAAUGUGACAUCUCACACCUCGACUCUCACUUUAGGUCCACAUGAUGUCAAUACCCAAUUUUCUUUCUUUUUUUUAAGAUUAUUUUUUGGGCAGUUUAGGCUUUUUAUUUGAUAGGACAGCUGAAGACAUGAAAGGGGAGAGAGAGCAGCAAAGGGCCGCAGGUCGGAGUCAAACCUGGGCACGCUGCGUUGAGUGAACCGCUACAUGUGGGCGCCCGCUCUACCAACUGAGCUCUCUGGGCGCCCAGUAACCAACUUAUUAACAGUCUGAAUUUGAUCGCUUGUCCAAACUCAUAAUUCCGUAUUCAGUGUUAGUUGUUGAGGUUUUGUGGUUGUAGUCCAGAAGUAACUGUGCUACAGGUAGUAGCAGAUGUGGAAAAAGUGAUUUGCACUUGUCCUUAACAUACCUUAUGACUUAACUGCAGAGUGAAAGAAACCACAAACGCAUCUUCUGAAUUAUACUUAAGCUGUGUAUGUUAUAGGGCUGUAACGAUUUCCGGUGUAAUGGUAAACCACGAUAAAAAUGUUGAUAACAAUUCGUUUUCAUUUAAAAUAUCUGGAUUAGCACGGUGUGGAAACCGUGUGGUUAAUCCUACCCAGCUUCAUCCAGAGUCUCCUCAAGUUGCAGCGCAGGCGCAUUGCGUAGCCUACAUGCGUUUCUUGAAGUUGGAAUCAUGGCGGAAGGAGGAGACGACAGCACUCAGGACAUUAAUCAGCCCUUUAAGAGGACUACGUCUAAAGCAUGGGCGUAUUUUGGUUAUUAUAAGAAUGUCGAAGGACAGUUGAUCAAAGAUAGCUAUCCUGUCUGCAGAACGUGCAGGAAAAAAGGUUGCAGCUAAAGGCAUUGAACACACUUUUAAAAAACACCAAACAGUGAUAACCUGUCACUAUAACCGUAAGGUUACAUUUUUUUUUAUGUUACAGUAGAUAGAGUUGCAAUUGAACAGUUUGAAACCAUAAAUGAUAGGGAUGUUAAACAGGAAGUAAACAUUUUGCAGAGAGUUUGUGGCCAGAGCUUGGUAUUAUAUUUACCAUUCUUUACUUUUACUUAUCUGUUUCCUUCCUUUUUUAGAAUGUCUGUGAGAAGAACUCAAAUACAGUCCUGCUCUAAUGGUCAAACAUAUCGCAUCAGAAGGUUAUCUAACUCAUUAUGAGAUAAACAUGUCCUCAUACUUACUUACCUCUGAUGUACGGCUGCACUGGCUCUAUGCGAAGGUAACAAAAGCUGCCUACCAGCAUCUCGAAAACGUAUUCACUCGUUAGAUCUUGUUCAUUUAUUCCAUGCAAACAUCAAAGUGUAAAAAUGACAAGGCACUGUUUUAAGGUGGAUAUGUGCAGGACUAUCUAAUGGAGCAGGAAUUCCCUGGAGUCUGAGGUGAUAUAUUAUAUCACCUCAAAAGAAGAAGUUAUUGCUCCUGGCCAUCAGAUAUCUUCCCUUAAAACCACAACUGAUCUUAUACGCCUUUGAUUGAACUAAUUAGAUUCAAUGUGUUAAUUAGUGCACUUUAGAUAUGCUGGUAGGCACAUUUAUUUACCUUUGGAGAGCCCCAAGCUCGCGUUU